AUGCCCAUUCUCGCUGAUUUAAAAUAUUAAGUUGAACUAUAAAUGAAGAAACAAUAGUCUAAUAGAGUUGGUCCAAGUCCGAAAGAGAAGGUGAUGUUCCUCACGCGUGUUUUGUAUGAGAAAAAGUCUUUAAAAGAAGCUUGCCAAGAAUUAUAAAUGUCUUACUCCUGGGGUAAGGCCAUAUGGUCUGAACACAUAUCCCAAUAUAAUAAAUCAAAAAAACUAUAUAAAAAAAAUGAUUCUCCCAAAACUCCUCCCAGCGAAACAGAAUAAGUGACAAAGAAGGUUGCGGGCGUCAAAAUCCUCCAAAAGGGACAACACAUUGCGAAGCAAUUUCACAUCCAAGUGCUCAUUCACGGAAACCCCAUCAAGACAAAAGCUACGGAUUGAGAAUGGAAGGCAAGCUGGAUUUUGCUUUCUUUUGUUUUUCUUAAUUCAUGCUUUUCUAAGCUAAUUCUCCUUCUGGAGAAUUUGAUUUGGAAUUGCAUAAUUAUAUAAAAAUUUC